AUGUGGAAAUCCCAAGUCGUGGUUAUAAGAUCUCUUGCAAUUACUUUAAUGGAGUCUAAGGAUGAAGAUGGAGUGUGUCUGGAUGGUUACAUUCAUCUCGAUAACUUGGAAAUAUUAGAAACUCUGUAUGGUAAUGCUAAUGAAUUAUGGAACAGAGCAAACUGUGAUAAGUGCUUUCAAAUGGACAACGGCACAUUAACAAACGUUUCAUCUGUCGAAACAACAACCUUUAAUGUAUUAUUUACUAACUUGACCGACUGUAUCAAACAGCCUGAUGUCAACGCAACUACAGUGUGCCAGAAUUGUGCGAAGCAAUACAAUGAAUUGAACAAGUUCUACAUUGCGAUCAGUUAUGAAAACAGAGGAGGUGUUUGUAUGGAUGUCGUCGAUGUGAUGAACGGAACUAGAGGAUAUUGGAGUAGUAAUUGCUGCAAAUUUAGACAUAGAAAUGAACUUGGUUUUAUUAUAUCUACUGUUUUUAUUUCGUUACUUACAAUUUUAUUUUAUAUUUUAACCAAAGUUUGCUCACAGAAGAGGGCUCCAGUUAUACUCAAACAAACUAGGUUCUCAGGAUCUUUUUGCAACAGUGCCAGUUGAUUUAAGUUGUGAUAUAGUUAAAUAUUCGAAAUGUUUAUAAUUGAAAUAAAUAUGUUUUUGAAAACAA